AUGGCUACUCGUCUAGAUAUCAAAGGUGCAAACUUGCUGGUCAAUGAAUCAGGCAUUGUGAAACUUGCAGAUUUUGGGCUGGCGAAAAUUCUGAUGGGGAAUUCAUAUGAUCUUUCUUUAAAGGGUAGUCCUUACUGGAUGGCUCCAGAGGUCGUGAAUGGUGCCAUAAAGAACAAAUCUAAUCCUGAUGUUGCCAUGGGCAUUGAUAUAUGGAGCUUAGGGUGCACCAUUAUAGAAAUGUUAACUGGGAAACCUCCUUGGAGUGAACGUGAAGGGCCUUCGGCCAUGUUCAAGGUACUGCAAGAGUCCCCGCCUAUACCAGAAACUUUAUCGUCAGUGGGAAAGGACUUCCUCCAAAAAUGUUUCCAAAGGGACCCUGCAGAUCGACCAUCUUCAUCAGCUCUUCUUAAGCAUGCCUUUGUGCAGAAUUUGCAUGAUCAGGAUGUUCUAGGUCAUCCACAAUCCUAUCCUAGAGGAGACUUUGGACAAGGAGUAAGUGCUAAUCUAUUUCAUGAACCAUGCGGAUCAUUGAUAUGUCCAAGGAUGCAAGGAGCUUGGGUGCUCGGGACCUUGGGUGCCUGGGUGCUAAGGACCUUGGGUGCCCGAGUGUUUCGCAAGUUGGCAAGUCGGCUAGUUGGGAGCUUAGGAUAUUUUGAACCUCGGGAAGUUUUGAAGCUAGGCAAGUCGGGAGCUUGUCCUAGAGAUACCACCACGAAUAGAAGUGGCAUAAUGCAAGCCACCAUGAGCUCACGGUGUCUUAACAAAAUUCAGAAAUUAGUCGGCGAUACUUCCGAACAAAGCAGAGCUAAGGAGUCUAAUCAUAUUAUAGCUUACAGUCACUCUCAUGUGCCAGAAGUGAACAUUCUUCAAUCUGCAUUGAAACCUGGUACCCUCAAUUACAUGUCUGUUGAAAAUUCCAGAAACAUUUCCACCAUGAUGAGAAUGAUCACUAACUUCUGA